GAUGCAACAUGGCGGUCCCCAUGAUACUUGGUCGGAAUAUUCACUCGUUUGCAAGAAUAGUCUUGGGUGCCUCACAAUCGGGAUCUAUUGGAUUGAACACUUGCAGGAAUCGUGGGAUAUAUACAACAUUGCGCCCUUUCAGGUUGACUUUAUCAGCUUGCCUCCACACUGGAACUGUUGUUUCUUCUCAACCGUCUAGUACUGUGACUGUCACAGAGGAGCCAGACACGCUCUACCAGAAGGUGUCUGUGCUGGUCAAGGGUCAUGACAAGGCAGUCCUGGACAGCUAUGAAUUCUUUGCCACCCUUACUGCCAAAGAGCUAGGAGUGACACUGGGCAAAGUAUUUGAGCCUCCAAAAAACAUUGAGCGGCUAACCCUUCUGAAAUCCGUCCACAUCUUCAACAAACACCGGGUACAAUAUGAGAUGAGGACGCACUAUCGCUGCAUUGAGCUUUGUCAUGUGACUGGAUCCACUGCACAGGUGUACCUGGAAUACAUACAGAGGAAUCUCCCUGAGGGUGUGGCUAUGGAGGUGACCAAGACUGCUAUGGAGAGGAUUCCAGAGCAUAUCCUAAAACCCAUGUGGAAGGACCUGCCUACUGACCCACCUACUGAAGAAAAGCCUAACCAGUAAGAGUCAUAUAAAUAAGCUGCUCUUCUGGUAGCUGGUCCCAACUGCCAAUCAAGAUGAUGGAAACUCCGUAACAAAGAGAUGAUCCAGACAAUGUGCUUGUUGACAUUGGCCAGUCUGAGGAAAGUAUCGAAUGGAUGAUCAGAUCAACUUUUGAACUAAUAAGUUUAUUUAACAAAUCCUCAUCUCUGAAACAUCCACAAAUU